AUGAGCUCCAGCUAUGGUACACGUCGUAGUUCGGCAUUGCAGGUCAGUCGUCGUGCUCGUCUCCAACACCAUGUCGACCCGUGAAUGGGACCUCUUUGUGACCCCGUGCCCCACUUGUUCCGAUCCCGAUCCCGGACCGCGGCUCCCCAUCAGCCGCGCCGAAUGGGGGUUGCAGUGCAUCAUCCUACAUCGCAGAGACCUAGUCAUCUCAGUGGCUGAUGCGUAAUGACACGUUCUCCCGCAGCAACAACUUCACAACAACAAUGCAGCGGCCGCGGCGGCAUUGGCAGCAACAAACCCAUCACCGAGGACAAUUCCCUCGGGUCGUCGUAGCUCCUCGAACGUCGCGACCACGCACGAGCUGGCCGCCUCUUAUGGCAGGAACGGAGCCCUCUCUUCAUCACCUUUGCUCUCGUCCUCGGCAGGGAAACAGAAGCGCCCUUCGACGUUCAAAGCCGCACGCAGGACCUCGACCUCGCAGUCGCUGAGACCUCAAGCAGCCGACCUCGGCGUCGCUCGUUCGUUACCGACCCAACUCUCGGGGGCGCAGGCCAAGGGUGCAGGGAGUAAAGCACCGGCUAUGUUGAGCAAGAGGGCUAGUCAAUUCUCGGUCAGCGUGUUCGACGAGGACGAGGACGACGGGGAGAUCAAACCGGGGGCCAAGAGGGAGAAAGGGACCACCGUUUACCAGUGCGAGAUCUGCUCCAGUCAGUUCCGGGUGCGGUCUGAGGCCAAGGAGUCCUGUUGGUUCGCUGAUUCUAAUGUUUUCAAUCCAAUCCUACGGCGUCGAGUAGAAAUGUACAAGCAUGCCGCCUGCCUUCAGAAACACGUAAGCAGGAGCGGCUGUCCCGCGCUCGGGCCCGGCCAUCCCCCGACAGCUGAUCGCACCUCCUUUUCUUCCUUCGAUCGAUGAUGAUCCCUUGAACAAUGAAUGCACUCCUACAGCGGUGGGAACACACUGAACAAUGGCAAGAGGCGUCCAAGCUGUUGCUGUCCAAACAUCAGCAGGUGCAGCUCCUCGAGGCCGCGGCCAUUCUGCAGGUCGCUUCGGCCGGUGCCUCUUUACCCCAGGACAAGGCUUACUGGUGCGUGAUCGAUCUGGCGAUACCUCAAAACUACCUUAAAGCUAAUGACCCCGCGAGGUGCAACACCACAGGCCUGCCGCCAUGUCACCCCCCUCUGCCGGACUGCUCGGCUCGCACGCCUUUUCGCUGCAAUCCCCACGCAUGCUGCAGUCGCUAUCACUUCACUCGGACGAUACACCGUACGGUUCUUCCUCGCAACCGGUCGCACCGUCUUUGUCCGUGGCAUCCUCUUCGGACGUCGAAGACGACGACGAGGAUGACGAUCUCGAUAUUGACGAAAAAGUCAAGCUCGAUGAGGGUGAUGACGACGAUGACGACGGGGACGAUGUCAGUGACAUUAUGGAUGAGGUCGAUGGUGGGAUGUUUGAUUUGGAUCUAGGCGGUGGGAUGGAUGGGAUCGAAGCGGAAGCUAGUCCGGCACCUCUGGCGUUGGGGAAAGAGCGAGGUCCCGUUUUGGAGGGGGACGGCGAACUCAGCUCGACGAGGAUAGGCGCGACGACGAUGAUGAAUCUGUCCUCGGGGAGGUCUUGA